UUCAAUAAUAUUUUUUUAUAUUACUUAUCUUACUAAUUUAAAAUUUACUUAAUAUCAUGAAUCAAAUUACAACACGUUGCAAGGACCAACGACAGAUCAUUCUCUCAAAAUCCGUUCUAUGUGAACAUAGCAAUAGAAUAAAAAUGAUGCUACUUCCUUACGCAAACAAAACAUCAGUCUUUCUUUAUUUGCCGUACUCCUCGGAAAUUUUGCAACAAAUCAAAAAAUAUCUUAAGGAUGGAAAAGGAAACAUAAAAUCAAUGCAAAAUGCGAUGGACAUAUUCUGCAUAAGCAAUCGAUUAGGCCUACGUUAUUUAAAUCAAACAUGUCGAGAAUUCAUGACCAUUCCGUCAAGAGUUAAGAACGUGUGUUAUGUAUAUGAAUUCGCUUGUAAACAAGAUGAUGAGACAUUAGAAUAUUUAUGCUGGAAUAUAUUAAGUUCGGAAUGGCAGGAAAUUUUCUCAUCGGACGAAUGGCUAAACUGUGAAGCAACAACAAUGAAUAGACUCGUUCGCAGGCCAAUAAAUCAAUUUAUUGAGGAAGCAGAUGUCUUCUCAAUAGUUUUAAAAUGGGACAAGAAAAGAAUUAAUAAUAAAAAUUCUCUAAGGCAGGUGAUGAAACCAUUCCUGCAAUACAUACGAUUUCUGACAAUGCCAGAAUGGUUUCUGGAAUCUCAAGUGUUCGUUGAACCUAUAUUAACGGACGUAGAGAGAGAUGCAAUAAGAUGUUACUUGCAAAAUAAAGAUUUCGACGAAACGUGGUUUAUUCCGGACAGUAUUUGUGCCAUUAAAUGCCCAAGAAAGCACGAAUUGCUCUCUUCCUGGUUGUGUUAUGUGAAUAGAAGUGCAUACUUUAUUAACAAAGUAAAAAUAAUGAAUACAAAUAUUCGAUUCAUAUGUGACAUAGUUGCGAAGGAAGAUUGUUUCAUUAACAAAUUGCAUCUUCCUGUAACACAUUGCAAUGAAGAAGGUAUAAAUGUAAAUUUGUGUUUUUAUCCUAACUUGAUCUUCCGGAUGAGAUUGCGUCUCAAUAAAGCAUGUAAUACGAACGGAUAUAUUUCAUUGAGUCGUCCUCUACGGAUUCUAAAGUUUACAUUUUGCCGAUUCCUUGUUAGCAUUGUUGAGGUACACGUCAAUGCCAAAAAUAACAUAAGAAUCAGUCUUUCGGAAAAUUACUAUAAUCCACUCGAAGAAAUUCAAAAUUUUAAAUAUAUGCAAUCUGGAUUGAAAUUGCAAGAUGAAUUUGAGUACAUCUGCUUCGAUGUCGUACCCGAAUUUUGA